AUGCCACGAUAUAAUUACCUACUGUCACUCUUAUUGACCAGUGGAGUGCUGGCUAAUGCUGCGGAUAUAUCUCCAGUGGAUGAUUAUGACGUUUUACAAUAUGUCAAUCCAUUAAUCGGCAGUGCCAAUGGAGGAAAUGUGUUCCCAGGUGCCUCACUGCCGUAUGGCAUGGCGAAAGCCGUGGCCGAUACAGACUCAGACAGUAAUCAAGGAGGCUUUGCCUACGAGGGCGGCAGCGUCACCGGAUUCUCCAGCAUGCACGACUCUGGCACUGGAGGCAGUCCCUCGUUAGGCAAUUUCCCUCUCUUCCCAUAUGCAAAAUGUGCCGGUGAUGAUGUGAAUGGCUGUGUCUAUCCCAAAAACCAGCGAAAGACGAAGUAUAAGUCGGACUCUGUCCAGGCGCAUCCAGGAUACUUCGCCAUAGAGUUGGCAUCGGGGGUCCAGGCCGAUAUGACUACUGCGCAUCAUACGUCUCUGUUUCGUUUCAAGUUCCCCAAAGACAACAACACUAGUCCAUUAAUCUUGUUGGAUCUCACUGAUCUCUCGAACUCCCGUCAGGACAACGCGACAAUCUCCGUGGAGAAAGAAACGGGACGUAUGACUGGCGAUGCCCGAUUUGGACCUAGUUUUGGAUCAGGGACGUACAUCUUGCAUUUCUGUGCAGACUUCAGGAGCGUUGCAUCACAGAGAGAUAAUGGGAUUUUCGUCAAUUCUCGGGCCAGCGCUGAUGUUCACGACUUGAAGAUUUCGCGCAGUAUCAAUGGAUACCCGCUUCCAGGUGGUGGAUUUGUUCGCUUCAAUUCAGCUCUGGACAAUACAGUUUUGGCUCGAGUUGGCGUUAGCUUCAUGAGUAUAGAACAAGCUUGUGCUCAUGCCGAGUCCGAGAUCCCAAACUUCGACUUCAAUGCAACUCGUCAGACAGCAGUUGAUAAAUGGACCGAAAAGAUGCGUCCAAUUCGUGUUUCUCGAACAAACAUCGAUGCAUCCGUUCUCUCCAAUUUCUAUAGUGGAAUCUACAGGACUAUGAUCAACCCUCAAAAUUAUACAGGCGAGAACCCGCUCUGGAAGAGCAGCGAGCCUUAUUUCGAUUCGUUCUAUUGCCUUUGGGAUUCUUUCCGUUCUCAAAUCCCAUUUCUCACCAUCUUCGAUCCUUCCUCGGUAAUGCAGAUGGUGCGCUCGCUUAUUGAUACCCAGCGCCAUCUCGGUUGGCUACCAGACUGCCGCAUGUCCCUCUGCAAAGGCUUCACACAGGGGGGAUCCAACGCCGACAAUGUCUUAGCAGAUGUCUAUCUGAAAGGUCUCAGAGAUGGGAUUGACUGGGAUGCCGGAUAUGCAGCUGUGCAGAAGGAUGCUGAAGAGGAGCCCUAUGACUGGUCCAGUGAAGGUCGUGGUGGUCUACGCAGCUGGAAGAAUCUACACUAUAUCCCCGUGGAAGACUUUGACUACGAAGGGUUUGGCACCAUGACCCGCAGUAUCUCCCGAACACUAGAAUAUUCCUACAAUGACUUCGCCAUAGCCCAAAUGGCUCGAGGCCUGAACAAGACAGCGGAUGCCGAGCGCUAUGAGAAAAGAUCACGCUACUGGCAAAACCUAUAUAAAAAAGACCAGACUUCUAUCUGGAAAGGCAAAGACACUGAAUUUACUGGCUUCUUUCAGCCAAAACACCUGAAUGGAACAUGGGGCUCCCAAGACCCUCUCGCAUGCUCAAACAUCGACAAUAGUGGAAGUUCAUGCUCGCUGCAAAACAACGCAGGUGAAACAUUCGAAUCCAGCAUUUGGGAAUAUCAAUUCUUCGUCCCCCACGACAUGGCAACCCUAAUAAAUCUCCUCGGCGGACCAGCAAACUUCGUCAAGCGACUCGACUACCUCCACGACAACAACAUAACCUACAUCGGCAACGAGCCCGCCUUCCUAACAGUCUUCCAAUACCACUACGCCGGACGUCCCGCCAAAUCCACAUCCCGCGUGCGCACUUAUAUCCCAGAUUACUUCUCCCCAACACCAGCCGGACUCCCAGGCAACGACGACUCCGGCGCAAUGGGCUCUUUCGUCGCAAUGGCGAUGAUGGGCUUGUUUCCGAAUCCCGGACAGGACGUGUAUCUACUCACCGUACCUUUCUUCGAAUCCGUUGGCAUUGUGUCCCCGCUGACAGGAAAGACGGCGACACUGAGGACGGUUAACUGGGCGGAGUAUAACACGGCCAAUGCUACUGGUGGUGCUGCGGGUGGUAAUGGGUUUAUCCAGUCUGCUACGUUAGAUGGGAAGCCUUACACGCGUAAUUGGAUUGGACAUGAUUUCUUUACGGAAGGUCGGGAGCUGGUUCUUGUGCUUGGGAAAGAGGAGAGUGCUUGGGGAACUAAGCCGGAGGAUUUGCCGCCUUCAUUGGCUGCGGACUCGAAAGAUGGCGUUGAUACUGGGGCUGUGAAUGCUCGCAGAUGGGAGAGUGUUGUUGAGAGUGGGCAGGUUGAUGAUGUUGCUGGUAUGAACCCGAAGUAUGACUUGCAUCUUGAUCAUCAUGUUUGUAGAACUGAUGAAGAUCAUGGGGCGUCGUAG